AAUCUUCCUCUUACUGGGGAAGUUGUUUUUUUACAUUGACCUGCUGUUUGCUUUGAUGCUUCUUCCCCUAGCUAAUCUCUUUUAUUUCUCUUUCUGCUACAAACAGUGCUGCCUUUUUGUGCUGGUAUUCUGAUCUCUUUAUAUCACAAACUUAAUUAUUCCAUCCACCACCACACACCUUCCUUCCCCCUGUUUUUUGAAUGGUGAAAGUAUCUCUUUCUUUGAUGAACUUUCUCUCUCGUUGUGUUUCUCAAAAGACAUCCACUCGUACCCUCCACGCCCUGCCAGCUUCCUCCUUCGCCUCUUGCAAGCAAGCGUGGUUCCACCGCUGCCUCGGUCCUGACCCCUUUUUAUUCUCAUUCUGAUCGCUCGUAGAUAUUGGGAAACAAGAAGGAAAGUUGAGAAAAGAUGAUGAAGAGGAACAGUUUGAAUGAGAGAAUAAUGGGACAGAUGAAUAAGAAAAAGAGUGGUGAAAACAAGAAUUUGAAGAAAAGUAGGUUCUUGAUUACAGUCAAUGUUCUUGGGAGCGCAGGACCAAUAAGAUUCGUGGUGAAUGAAGAUGAUCUUGUUGCGGCGGUUAUCGACACAGCUCUCAAGUCUUAUGCCCGUGAAGGCCGCCUUCCGGUGCUCGGCUCCGACACCAAUAAUUUCCUUCUCUACCCUGCAAAUGCAGGAUCAGAUGCUUUGAGUCCAUGGGAAAAGAUAGGAUCUCAAGGAGGAAGGAACUUCGUGCUGUGCAAGAAGGCGGUGCACCCGCAGAUGACCGAGGGAAGGUCAGAGAUGAUAGCUCAUAAGAAUAGUGGGUGGAAAGCUUGGCUGAACAAAUCAUUCAGUUUCAAGAUAUUAUCACACUGAGAGAUGUAUAGUCAAGGGUAAUCUCUGUUUAAAGGAAUAACAAAAGUUCUCUCUAGUUGUAGAGUUUAUCAAAACUACGGUCUUAUAUAUUCGGCUGUAUAAAAAAUUAGAGAUUGUGGUCAUAAAUAAUGUAAUGCAUGUCUUUUAUGCUUUUUAUAAGAAACAUGAUCAAAGAUAUGUUCUCUAUGAAUAAUUCAAACAAUAUGCU